CGGUCACGAGCAUUAGGUAUUUGCCGUGUUCAUUGAUAUAAGUUGAGCCGAUCAAAGUGAAAGUCUUCAACUCAGUACAAUAACUUGUGGGCGCCUCAUCAUUACAACAUAUGGAUUCUUGUGAUGUAGAACGUCUCAACGAACUCUUGGAGCAAGAUGUAGAACUGCGAGAGAAAAUCAAGGACCAAGUGACAGAUCUAGAUAAGAAGACUCGCAAUAUGGUCGGGAUUCUCAAUAAAAUCCAUUCCACACCUCCAGAGUCAAUUCCAGCUCUCCUUGAUAGUGUGCGCCCAAUUUUGCACAGUUGUCAGGCCACCAGUGCCGCAAUGGCUGCACUCAUCCCUCCCAGCCAGUUCUGGCGAUGGAAGGAAAUGUGGUCCAACUCUUUGCGCACUGCCAUCUUUUCAGCUGCCUUGGUCGAAUUUCUUUCAACAGGGAAACUCAUUUCCCUCCCAGAGGUCUGCUAUAUUCUAGGGAUCAAAGAUGAAUGGAAAGGCCGAUUUGCACUACCCGUCGAAGAUUAUCUUCACGGUCUGAUAAGCCUUGUCAACGAGUUGUCUCGUCUCGCUGUAAACGCAGUGACCCUUGGAAACUUUGAAGCACCUAUUCAGAUAUCUAUCUUUGUGAAGGAUCUAUUCGCCGGAUUUUCGAUGCUGAAUCUAAAGAAUGACACGCUCCGGCGACGUUUUGAUAGUUUGAAAUAUGAUCUCAAGAAAAUAGAAGAAGUGGUAUACGAUGUCUCACUCCGGAAAUUAGCACCUCCCCCACAGGAAGGACGUCAAAUCUAAAGCAGUUGUAGUUGUAAUGUAACAACGUUCGACGACAUCGUGUUGUGUUCGCAAUAUCAAUAUUUGAAUACUCCAGUAAAAAAAAAUGUACUAGUAGACGACCCACUUAAAAGACUCGAAAUUGACGUGAU